CCCUGGGGCGCUCGCCGUGGCUCCCACCUGUCCGCCAGGUCAUUGUGACGCAAAUGCUAUGGACACGUGGAACACCUGCGGGAGGGCAGGGGCGGGGUCACUCCGGCGGCAGAUGCGAGCGGGGGAUACCUCAGGAGAUGGGGAUCGUGGAAAGACCCCAGGGAGUAGAGAGAGAGAGAGACUCACUCCCCCCAUCCCCGACCCGCCCCAAACAAGGUUAUAAUAUAACUUAUCCUCUCAUGCUUUUUCCCUGCCCCUUCUCCCCAAACCAACAACAAUAGAAAAAGAAGAAGAAGAAAACAUGUCAGGACACAAGUGUUAUUCCUGGGACUUACAGGAUCGAUAUGCUCAAGAUAAGUCAGUUGUAAAUAAGAUGCAACAGAAGUAUUGGGAAACGAAGCAAGCCUUUAUUAAAGCCACAGGGAAGAAAGAAGAUGAACAUGUUGUUGCCUCCGAUGCAGACCUGGACGCCAAGCUAGAGCUGUUUCACUCAAUUCAGAGAACUUGUUUGGACUUGUCUAAAGCAAUUGUACUUUAUCAAAAGAGGAUAUGUUUCUUGUCUCAAGAAGAAAAUGAACUGGGAAAAUUUCUCCGAUCCCAAGGCUUCCAAGACAAAACCAGAGCAGGGAAAAUGAUGCAAGCGACAGGAAAGGCCCUCUGCUUUUCUUCCCAGCAAAGGUUGGCCUUGAGAAAUCCUUUGUGUCGAUUUCACCAAGAAGUGGAGACUUUUCGGCAUCGGGCCAUUUCCGACACUUGGCUGACUGUGAACCGCAUGGAGCAGUGCCGGACAGAAUACAGAGGAGCGUUAUUAUGGAUGAAAGACGUGUCUCAGGAGCUUGAUCCAGACCUCUACAAGCAAAUGGAGAAGUUCAGGAAGGUACAAUCACAAGUACGCCUUGCAAAAAAAAACUUUGAUAAAUUGAAGAUGGACGUGUGUCAAAAAGUGGAUCUUCUUGGAGCCAGCAGAUGCAAUCUCUUAUCUCACAUGCUAGCAACAUACCAGACUACUCUGCUUCAUUUUUGGGAGAAAACUUCUCACACAAUGGCAGCCAUCCAUGAGAGCUUCAAAGGUUAUCAGCCUUAUGAAUUCACUACAUUAAAGAGCUUACAAGACCCUAUGAAAAAACUAGUUGAGAAAGAAGGAAAGAAGAAGACCGCCCCACAGGAAAGCACAGAUGCGGCAGCGCGGGAGCCGAGUCAAUUAAUUUCAUUAGAGGAUGAAAACCAGCACAAGGAAUCCUCUAGUUUUAAGACUGAAGAUGGGAAAAGUAUUUUAUCUGCCUUAGACAAAAGCUCUACACAUAGUGCAUGCUCAGGACCUAUAGAUGAACUGAUAGACGUGAAACCUGAGGAAGGUGCUUGCCUGGGCCCGGUGGCAGGGAGCCUGGAACCGGAAGGUGACAAAGAUGACCUGCUGCUGUUGAGCGAGAUCUUCAACGCGUCCUCACUGGAAGAGGGCGAGUUCAGCAAAGAGUGGGCCGCGGUGUUCGGAGACGGCCAGCCGACGGAGCCAGCGCCGGCGGUGGCCCUGGGAGAGCCGGAUCCCAAGCCCCAGGCGGGCUCAGGCUUCCUUCCUUCGCAGCUUUUAGACCAAAACAUGAAAGACCUACAGGCCUCGCUACAAGGCUGGUCAGAGAGCAAUGUCAGUCCUCCUUCUACUCCAUGGCCAGCACCAAAGACAAGCAGUCCCAAUGGCAACAGCCCUGCAGUGAAAGACCCUGCUAAGGCCACCUCGGACCUGACUGCCUGGUUCAGCCUCUUCGCUGACCUUGACCCAUUGUCGAACCCUGACGCUGUUGGGAAGACUGAUAAAGAACACGAGUUGCUCAAUGCAUGAGUCUGCAGCCUUUGGAGGGAGCCCGCUAGCCGCUCCCCAACAGCUCGCGUGGGGCCAGCAGAAGCAUAAAGUGAUCAGUAUGCUGUUUUAAUAUUUACGUGCCAUUUUAAUAAAAUGCAGGGGUCCAAGGCCCUGUUUAUAUUGGUAUAAUUCUUUACUCUUAUUUGGUAAAAAGGGUUUCAGCGUAUCUCUAUGUGGAUCUACACAACACAGGAGUGUCUAGAAGCCGUGUGUCUCCUGCCCACGUCCCAUCAUGGCUGCCGUGGUGCCCCUGGGCUACCGUGAGGUCCAAGUUCAAGUCAUGAACCCACUUUGUAUCGGGUUUAAAUGACACGUCCUGCAGCCUCAGAGGCAGUAGAAGGCUAGCGAAGCUGAAAUGCCUCCUGUUCCCCCGGCCUCUGUUUAGAGGGGGACUGCAGGAAGAGUCCCUUUUCCUGCCAGGCCACCUUCCAGCCAGCUCUGGACAAAGCUCCGGCCAACCAAAGACACCGUCCCCACAGCGCCUGCCUGGUGGGCCUCGUGUCCUCACACAGGCGAAGAGCUGGGCUUCUCUCUGCUGCACAGACCUCUCUAUGGAAAGCAGCCAUAACUUGCAGAUGCAGUGUCUCCUCUCGUCCUCUUCACGGCUGAAAUUCAAAAGCAUGUAUUUCUGGAGCCCCUUUGUGACAUGAAUUGUUUGGUUUGUUUUUUUGUUGUUUUUUUUAAUUAAAUGAAAAAGAUCUUUGACACA